AGGUGUUUCCCCCGUGGACAUGCGCAGUGGCUAAGUACACGUCAGAGCGGAAGGCCGCUGUGCGAUGGCUGUUUGAAUACAGACGACUGUGUGUCGUACCCCGCAUGUUUCGUUAAUUAUUUCGUAAGUCGUUGUAGAAACAAUGAACUAUGAAGCUAGAUUUUUUAAUACUCAUCAUAGUUUGUUUCCGUGGACCAUUUCUAAGGCAUAUUGUAGGAGUGUGCAUGAGUCCACCAGAACAUACACAUGCUGAUCAGCCUGGUGGCCAGUUGACUGAAGAACAGAAGAUACCACCUGGAUCUCAUGCUAAGCAGCAGCAACCACUCCCAGGAUUACUUACAGAUCAGUAUAUAGGCAAUAGUUAUGGUGCGCAUGAUGUCCUGGAGAAUGACAAUAAAGUCGCACCAACAGCAGAUUAUGUUCAGGAAGGCAGCAGAGUCAGGCAACAGGGAGAAAAACUGCUACAAGAAAGUGACACGGACUUGCUUCAGAAAAGCAAUGCUGGGGAAAGUAAUCGUCAAACCUUGGAGACAUUGGAUGUGCCCACUCAGGACGAUGCAGAGAGAAACUCCAAAUCUGAGAGGGUUACAGUGCCGGUAAAGCACAGUAAUGAAGACAGUGUUGUGGCCACGUUGCUACAAGCAGAUGAGAAAACAGUACAGUGUGUGGACACUGUUGCUGCUGCAGCAGCAGAUGAUGAAAGAGCAAGAGAUGAAAAUGAUGACAUGACCCUCAGUGAAAACACUCUUCAGUCAGUCGCUGUUGACAGACUACAAAUGGCCAUGAGCGAAUAUGCUGAUGAGAAUACACAGCUGGGCAUUUCAAGUGAUUUUCUGCUUUCACAGAUACCUUUGCAGACACCCAGAGAUGUCCCUGUUGCUGCUACUUUAACAAGUUCAUUUGGUGAUAAGACUAUGCAGGACACAGAACACCUCCACCCACCUUCAUCCAUUUCUCAGGAUGAAUCAUCUCUAUCAGCAGACAUGUCCAUUGGACGGUCACAUGAAAUGUCUGGUUCCAGCUCUAGUAGCCGUUUACAGGCUGGCAUAGAGGUGGACAAAAGAGACUUGGCCAUCAAGCGCCAGCAAGAACAGAGAGAGGCAUCUGCUGCAGAAACAAAUGGCCACAAGCAUAUGGAGGAAGAGGACUUUUUGUCUUUUGAAGAAUGGCGCAAAAAGGUUCUUGAGGAGCAAGAGAAAGAGAAGUCUGCUACAGGGGGAGAUGAAGAUGGUUUGAUGUCGGUAGUAUCACCUGCUAUUAGCCAGAAACUACGUAUCAACUAUGCAGCAAAAAGUUGUGGAGCAAAGGUUGUGGCAUCGAACCCUGAGAUGGAAAAUGCCAACCACAUGUUGACUGUCAAUCGAGAUGAGUACAUGCUGAACCCUUGUAGUGCCAAAAAAUGGUUUGUAGUGGAGUUGUGUGAGCCAGUGGCUGCCAAAGCUGUGGAAUUAGCCAGUCUGGAACUUUUUUCCUCCCAGCCUCGCUCAUUUCGUGUUUCCCUGGGAGACAGGUACCCUACCAAAGACUGGCUGGGGGCAGGAUUGUUUGAGAUGACUAGUGAGAAGGUGCCACAGCUAUUUCCCUUGAAUGUUCAGCCAACCUAUGUCAAGUUUGUGCGUGUUGAGAUGAUUGAUCAUUAUGGCAGUGAGCACUUCUGCCCUGUCACACUUUUCAGAAUGUUUGGUCAUCCCAUUGAUGAUGACAGCGAAGAGCCAUCUACCCAGACAGAGCCAGAAGAGGAAGAGACAGCUGAUGGAAAUGGGGAAGCCAAAAACCUUUUUUCCAGAACUAAAGAAACUGUAGUAAAUUUGGUCAAGAAGGUUCUCUACAAAGACGACAAGCCUGAUAAUGACAAUGGGAAAUCAGAUAGAGGUUUUGUGGAAGAGGUUGAUGUACAUGGUAACAUCAGUGAAGACAUCUUGUUGCCCUGUGAACCUGAUGAAGAGCAAAGGACUGGUCGCAAACCAACAGUUGAUGUGCACCAUUUGCAGCCUCAUAUUCAACCACAGCAAAGUCAGUUUGCAGAUUCAUCAGUUUCAUCUGUUGGUGAUAUUCCUAUGGUCACCAAACUGGGUGACGGUGACCAGAUUGAGAAUAAAAGAGGGUCAGUAGGAGUGAGUGGAGGAGACCAAGGUUUGGUAACUCUUAUUCAGUCAGGAAAUGGUGUCAUAUGGGAUGCAGCCCUUCGGCAUUGUUAUUUGCAGCCUGCACCAGAUGCUGAGCUCUGCUCAUACACCAGUCUGUGUCACUACAUCCAAAUAAUGCUGGGAGAGACACCACCCUUUUCCCACCCACAACUUUCCUCGCUGAAAUUAUCAUCUUUAGUCCAUACACCUUGGACUUCACAGUCAACACCAGUGUCAUCGUCGGAUUUCAGUUCUGUGACAGCUGGGUCACUCACAGCAACGUCAAUAAAUGAUGACCAAAGUUCUUUCGUUGUAGAGGGGUCCAGCAUCAAUACUGCCACCAGUUCAUUGGUAGAACCAGCACCUACUGUGGAUGACACUUUGAGUGACAUGCAGCCAAGAAAGGAAGAUGUCAGCAGAGAGAGAACUUUGAUACAAAGACAGCAGGAUACAGGUGGCCAUGGUGUUGAGCAGCUGGGCUUACCUGGAAAAGAGAGAAGAGCAGACACUACAGCAGCCAGCCAGCAUGUGACUUCCAGCAGCUGGCAAGAUGGUUCUGACAAUGACCCUUCCUUCAACAAGCAGGCUAGCCUGGUUAGAACCAGAGAAAGUACUCUGGACAAUGGUAUCUCGGAUAAUCCCUCAUCUGCUUACAGCACUUUCAACAUUCAAGACCACUCUAUGCACUCUUUGUCAGCUCAUGACCAGAAUAUAGAAAUCCUAGAGCCCAGCAUUCAGCUUGAAACAACAACAGUUACUUCCCCUGCUGAACUCAUGCGUCCCACUCCAGUUCUGGAAAUGUCAAGAGCAUCUGUCGAGGGUGACAAGAAAGCAAGCGAAGUCAGAGAGACAGCUAUGCCAGGUGUUAAGCCUUCACCAAUAUCCUCACUGGUUGAUGAAAAUGCUGGAGAUGAGAGUGUAUCUUUGUACCCGCAAACGCUAGCCCCAUCAGUGGAAUGUAUAGUGUGUUGGUGUUUGUGUGCUGUCAUUAGUGUGUUGGUGUUUGUGUGCUAUGUCAUUAGUGUGUGGGUGUUUCAGGGAGCUACUGCUGGAGGGAGUGCACAGAUGGAACCGGGAGACUCUCUUGCAGACUCUGGCUCAGGUGUAACUACAUCAUUGCCACACAAUGUGACAGAUAAGAAAAGCAGUGACCUGGACCUUGUUCACAUUCCUCUGUCCAUUAGUGCCAAGCGAGAGACAGCCAUAAUGAGACUUACAAAUCGCAUCAAGGCACUGGAACUGAAUGUCUCUCUCAGUAGCAGGUUUUUAGAUGAGCUGAGUACACGUUUCAAAAAGCAGAAUGAUGACCUGAUGAAAAUGCUGAAUAAGACCAUCAGCCAUCUAAACGUGACCACCACUUCAUCACAGCAGCAGAAUGAGGCACAAGAGGAACAGAUUCUUCUGCUAGAGACACGGCUGGAUAACCUGACCAUUGUGGUGCAGCACCUUUCAGACCGAUUUGACUCUUUUACCGAGCAGACAACACAAAGACAGAUGCUGUCUCUGACCUUUGACUUUAUUCUGCUGGUCAUCAUUCUCAUGACACUAUUACGCAGCAUUAAGCCUGCUCCAGUCCAUCCAGACGUCCGCUUACUCUUGGACACUAUGCCACGCCAGCCUCUCCCAUCCUUAACAAGGCAACGCCACAACUCUGAUCGUGGUGUGACCAUGCAUACAGCUGCAGAGAAGGGUCAAGGGUUAAAGAAAGGAGGAAGCGAGGCAAAUUUGAUGUCCAUUUAUAAAAGCCAGCAUGCAUGCCUAUUGCAAGACUGUCCAGUGACCAGGAAGAAGAAACGCAAGAAAAACAAGGUUUCCAAAGAGUCUUCUGUUGAUCUGCAGCUAGGCCCUGGCCAUUGUUCUCAGGAAGCAUCUCUCACGACAGCAGCUGGCCUUCUGUUUGGACUGACUGCUGGUAGUGUUCAUAGUGAUGGUGGUGGAUCUGAUACUAGAGCAUCUGUCAGUAAACAUCGACGGUGGGGCUCAGACAGUGGCAAUAUGGCCUUUUCACAUGUACCUGACAUCGUACCAGUAGCAUCCAACAACACCCAAGCUAAUAGCACCUGCUCUUUGAGUUCUACCAAUUGUUCUACACCCCAGAAUAUUCCUCAGUGUUUUUUUGUGCCACCAGCAAUAUCUCCAUCGCUGCUGCCACCACCACCACCGCUGCCACCACCACUCCCACCACCAUUGAUGGGCUUUAAAGGAUCAACCUCCAGCUUUGAGCAGAAAGCAGGAAAGAUGGAUUCAGUCGAGUCUUCGCCUUACCUAGCAGAAAAGAGCAUAGAUUGCACUUGUCCCACAGAGGUGGCGACCUUGGGAUACCCCAAUGGAGGAAAAAGAAAGACUGGUUUGGUGAGUGGUGGUGGUGCUUGUGGUGAAGGUGUUCAAACUGAUGUCGUGCCAAAGUUACUGCCAGACACCAUCCAACUAAAGAAACCCAACCAAGUGAAACUGGCAUGCCUACAUAGCACACAGCCUCAAAAUCUAGAUGAAAAAAAACUGCCUUGUCCUCAUGGUAAACAGCAGACGAAUGAAAGCAAGCAAGUUUGUGUGCCAGUGGUUCAGACUUCAGUUUACCUGUCAAAAUGCAAUUCAUUUCACUCUGCUACUGUCUGCAAGAACUCCCUCCACAAUCCCAAAGGCAAGAAAGAAGCGGGCUGUCCAUCAGCUGUAAAUGGUGAGAACAAGAGCUCUGAGACCAAGUGUGCCACCUCACACUGGUCAGCAAGAGGAGGGACAACUGACGUCAAGGGCAGAGGAAUGGUGAGAACCAAAGGAAACAGUGGUGCUGAUAGUCAUUUCAAGAAAUCAGCACAGACAAAAUAAAUGAAGUCUGGAAAUGCGUGCAAUGUCAUAAGCUGUAGAUUUCAUUUGCAAUGUGUACUUAUGCUACUAGUGAGUACACAAAUAACCUUGAGACCAUAGGUUAGGGUGCAUGAAAAUUUUUUUUUUUUUCUGCAGUUAAAUAACAGCUACCUUUUGAUCCUGAAAGUGAAUGGCAUGUGUACAUUGGAGAUCUGAUGCAUCUACAACUUGGCAUAUGUAUCCAAACUGACAGCCUUAGUUUAUUAACUAAACGCAAAAGACAUGCUGUAAGGGACAAGGCAGGUGUAAAUGUUAUGAGUUGAAUAAAACGUUGCAAACAUAUUGGUGCGUGGACAUCUGAAUCCAGUCAAAGAGGUUUGUCGUCUGUGCUUACUCUUUCCAUUGUAAUCAGCAAAUCUGGGCAUGCCAUAAGAAAUCUAAAUCAAAUUUUAAAUGUAUUCAGCAUUAUCAAGUUUUUACCAUGCUUUUUAAGUGAGUUAAAUUUAUUUUCUGCUAAGCAUGAAAAUGUUUUAUCUUCUGUUUGGCGUAAUUUGUAAGCAUAAACUGUAGUGUCAGUUAACUCAACCAGGAACCUGCCAUUCUUUGCAAAUAUUGUCAUCCAGCAGUGUGAUAGUCAACAGAACUGAAGCACUCGUCAGUUGGGAGUUGUCAUAUUAGCAGAAAGGCUUCAUGUACUGUUUAGGGACAAUUUCUUGUGGGGCCUUUGCUGGGUUUAUUGUUUUGUCCUGUUUGGUCAGUGGUGGUAGAAAACAGGAGAAGUAUUGAAGUUAGAUCAGGUAAGCAUUAGAAACACAACAGCAACAGCAGCACAUACCAUAAGACAUUCGUAGCUGCUCCACCAGAUAAACCUGCAUACAAUCAUAAUUUAGACUUGCAUAUGGUCUACACAUUUUUCCUCUGUUGGUCCUGCAUGCAUGUUCAUAGAAUCGGUGGCCAGACAAAAAUUGAUGGACCUUUCCAGACAGGACAUGCCUGUCAUCAAAUGGAAUUACACUUUUAAAAAUAUCUGCCUGUCACACAGAGUCUGAAGGUCACUCUGUGCGGUCCCAAUAACUUCAGAGCAAAUGUAUACAAUUUGAUUCAAGCUGCCAUCAUCCUUCACUAGUAAACUGUUGUAAAAACAGAUUAACUAUGACACCAUACUGUCCAUGAGAUUUAUAAAAUAGCUGAAGAAAUCCCUGUGAGACUGAAAAAGAUCACCUUCCAGUUAAAGAAGAGAUGCAGUUGUGGAAAAAGAGGAUGUAUGUAUGUUUGUGGAAUUGAUGGUGUACUGGAAGAUGUUCAUGAAAAAGAAUGAGCUGGAGAAGUAGGUGUGUUUUAUUCUCUCUCUAUAACACACUCUAUCAACCCCCAGGAGUGAAACAGUCAUUUUAAGGUACUAAGCUGCAUUUGUAAAACAGUAGUGAGGUGUGCUUUGUGUUGCCUUCAUUCAUGACGAGAUUUGGAGAAGGCGUGAUACCUAUAUGAUCAAGUAAACCUGUUUGUCAUAAAAA